AUGUCGACCUUGGCGGUCCAUUUUGAGAGCAUCGUGAAGUUCAACUUCGACCCCUACAGAGAACCCCUGCAGGUCAAGUUUGACAGCAGCGACCGCCAGCUGAAAAACUUCAGCACACGAUACAUCGAUGGGUUCACCAAAGGCUUGGUUGGCCACUUGAUCGUGGCCAUUGUUGACCAACUUGAAAUUCCGGACGACGAGCUGGACUCCCCGGACCUGGCUCCGUUGCUGAACUCUCUUCGAUUCUACAAAGCGAACUAUCGCCAUCGUGACGACCCUGCGCAGUUCUGCUACGAUGCUCUGCGCAGCUUUUCAGCAAUAUGCUUCAGGUCUCCUUUACAGUCAUUCACCUUCUCGUGUGUGAUUUCGACAGGUAUCGGCAAUGAGACAGCCGAGAAACAAGCUCCAUCAGCUUUGGAAAUGUUGGCAAUGUUCAAGGCAGCCAUUGCCUGCAUCAGAACCGGCCAGAAGCGCCAAGUUCCCCUGAGGGACGCGCUGAAUCAGGCAGUGGCGGACUACAACAAGGCUGUGAUCCGCAAGUUCAAGGUGGACAGUGGCAAAAAAAAGAUGCUGCUGAACUUGCUGCGCUCGCCCGACGACUUCUUGGAGUGCCUGACGCAGCACUAUGACAAGCACCGGCACACCCAGUCAGGACACCUUGUGAUUCAUGCUUGA